AUCGCUCGUCGCUCCACUGUCUCGUACAGUGUCUACCACGAUUAGGAGACCUUAUUGGUUAUAUUCGAUACUUUGGUGGUACCAAUUUUCCAAAACUACUUGGGCCUUUUCCCCUCAUACUAAUAAACGUUACAAUUAGUGGCAACAUUUUUUAGUGGAGUAAACAAGCGUGAAGACACGAAGGAAAAAUGGUUUUAGCAGAUUUAGGACGUAAAAUAACGUCCGCUCUACGAUCGUUGAGCAAUGCAACUGUCAUCAAUGAAGAGGUUCUGAAUUCUAUGCUCAAAGAGAUUUGUGCUGCUCUUCUAGAAGCUGAUGUCAACAUUCGACUUGUCAAAAAACUGCGGGAAAAUGUUCGUACGGUUAUUGACUUUGAGGAUAUGGCUGGAGGACUCAAUAAACGCCGGAUGAUACAAAGUGCAGUUUUUAAAGAACUUGUCAAGUUAAUUGAUCCUGGAGUGAAAGCCUAUCAGCCCGUAAAAGGUCGCCCUAAUGUGAUAAUGUUUGUGGGACUCCAAGGAUCUGGAAAAACGACAACUUGUACAAAAUUAGCGUACCACUAUUUGAAGAAAAAUUGGAAGGCUUGUUUAGUCUGUGCUGAUACAUUCCGUGCGGGUGCCUAUGACCAGAUCAAACAGAAUGCUACAAAGGCUCGGAUACCUUUUUAUGGUAGUUAUACAGAGGUGGAUCCCGUGGUAAUAGCCCAAGAUGGUGUAGAGAUGUUCAAAAAAGAGGGCUAUGAGAUUAUAAUAGUUGAUACAAGUGGUAGACACAAACAAGAAGAGUCUCUCUUUGAGGAGAUGUUACAAGUGUCAAAUGCUGUUCAGCCAGACAAUAUAAUUUUCGUGAUGGACGCUACGAUAGGACAGGCUUGCGAGGCACAGGCCAAGGCAUUCAAAGAUCGAGUCAAUGUUGGUUCAAUUAUAAUCACAAAAUUGGAUGGGCAUGCGAAAGGAGGUGGUGCAUUAUCAGCUGUUGCUGCUACCCAAAGUCCUUGCAUAUUUAUUGGCACUGGUGAACACAUAGAUGAUCUUGAGCCCUUCAAGACGAAACCCUUUAUUAGUAAAUUAUUAGGAAUGGGUGAUAUCGAGGGAUUAAUCGAUAAAGUUAAUGAACUCAAUCUGGAUGAUAAUGAAGAGCUUCUAGAAAAAAUUAAACAUGGUCAAUUCACUCUUCGUGAUAUGUACGAGCAGUUUCAAAAUAUUAUGAAAAUGGGACCAUUCUCACAGAUUCUUCAGAUGAUACCUGGUUUUAGUCAAGAUUUUAUGUCGAAGGGAACUGAACAGGACUCGAUGGCAAGAUUGAAGAGGCUAAUGACAAUAAUGGAUAGUAUGAAUGAUGCAGAGUUGGACAGCAGAGAUGGAGCGAAACUAUUCAGCAAACAAACUGGAAGAAUUACAAGGCUUGCCAGAGGCUCUGGGGUUACUGAGAAGGAAGUCAAGGACUUGAUAGCACAGUACACCAAGUUUGCAGCUGUCGUUAAGAGGAUGGGAGGAAUCAAGGGACUAUUCAAAGGUGGUGAUAUGACCAAGAAUGUUAACCAGAUCCAAAUGGCUAAAUUGAAUCAGCAAAUGGCUAAGAUGAUGGAUCCUAGAGUCUUACAUCAAAUGGGUGGAAUGUCUGGGCUACAAAAUAUGAUGAAACAGAUCCAACAAGGCGCAGGUGGUCUCGGCAAUCUAAUGGGUGGUUUUGGCGGCAAAUCCUGAGAACUCUGAUUUCAACAAUCUGCGAAAACUGCCAUUCGAUAAUUCUACCGUCUUGAAAAAAAUCUUUCAAUGAAUUCAACAAACGUGAAAUACAAUUCUGGUUCUUGUUCUCUUUAUAAUUUAUUUCGUGGUCAAUGAUAAAACACUCUCGGUUUUUUCUCUUUCCAUUUUUACGAUAAUGUGUUUCGUGUUUGAUUGAGACUCAGUCGAAAUUUUGAGAUCUUCGAACCUCCGAAUGAAUAGUAUAUUUACGAUAUCUCCAUCACAGGACUUCGUAUAGAGUAUAUUUAAAUGUAAAAUUUAAUUUUUUGUAAAUAAAAUGCGAUUAAGAAUA